GGGCAAGAUGGCGGCGCCUGUCCUGAGGAGGCUGAGUUCGUCACAUGGUUGGAAAUAGAAGCCAAAGUCCACAUUAAUGAUGCCUGGUAGAGUCUGCUGCUGCUGUGCUGCCUUGCGCCCUCGUUACAAGCGCCUGGUGGACAACAUAUUCCCCGAAGAUCCCAAAGAUGGCCUUGUCAAAGCAGAUAUGGAGAAGCUGACGUUCUAUGCUGUCUCCGCCCCAGAGAAGCUUGAUCGAAUUGGUGCUUAUUUAGCAGAGAAGCUGAGCAGGGAUGUCAUCAGGCACCGCUAUGGAUAUGUUUUCAUUGCCAUGGAAGCUCUGGAUCAGCUCCUAAUGGCUUGCCAUUCUCAAAGCAUCAAGCCAUUUGUAGAGAGCUUUCUUCACAUGGUAGCCAAGCUGCUGGAAUCCGGAGAGCCCAGAUUGCAAGUCCUGGGGACCAAUUCGUUUGUCAAAUUUGCAAACAUUGAGGAGGACACGCCUUCUUAUCACCGUCGCUAUGACUUCUUUGUCUCCCGCUUCAGUGCCAUGUGCCACUCCUGCCAUGACGACCAGGAAAUACAGAAUGAGAUCCGGAUUGCUGGAAUCAGGGGCAUCCAGGGGGUGGUUCGCAAAACUGUGAACGACGAGCUCAGAGCCACCAUAUGGGAGCCUCAGCAUAUGGACAAGAUUGUUCCCUCGCUGCUGUACAACAUGCAGAAGACAGAAGAUGCUGACAGCCGGAUCGGCCCACCCUCCUCUCCGGCAGGAGGCGAUAAAGAGGAGAGCCCUGCUGUGCUGGCCGAGAACUGCUUCAGAGAACUGCUGGCCCGUGCGACCUAUGGGAACAUGAACAAUGCUGUCAAACCAGUCUUUGCACAUUUAGAUCAUCACAAACUGUGGGACCCCAAUGAAUUUGCUGUCCAUUGCUUUAAAAUAAUUAUGUACUCCAUACAGGCACAGUAUUCUCAUCAUGUGAUACAAGAGAUCCUGGGGCACCUUGAUUUUCGCAAGCGAGACUCCCCCCGUGUUCGAGCAGGCAUCAUCCAGGUCCUUUUGGAGACAAUAGCCAUUGCUGCCAAAGGAUCUAUUGGCCCAACUGUUCUGGAGGUCUUCAAUACUCUGCUGAAACACCUGAGUCUGAGUGUGGAUUUUGAACUGGGCAACAGGCGUGGCUCUAGUGGCGACAUUGACGCCCGCUCGAAGGAGUGUGAGGAGAAGAUUGUCCAGAACGCCAUCAUCCAAACCAUUGGAUUCUUUGGAAGCAAUCUCCCGGAUUACCAGCGGUCCGAGAUCAUGAUGUUCAUUAUGGGGAAAGUCCCUGUGUUUGGGAUGACAUCGGAAAGCAGCCAACUUGGGGAUUUGGGUACUAGAAGGAUUCAGAUUAUGUUGCUGCGCUCUUUGCUUAUGGUCACGUCUGGGUACAACGCCAAGAGCAUUGCCACGGUCCUCUCAGCCCCUUUCCUUGAUCCUCUGUUGUCCGCUUCGCUCAUGGAGGACUGCGAGCUUCGGCAGCUGGUCUUGGAAGUAUUGCACAAUCUUAUUGAUCGUCAUGACAACCGAGCAAAGCUUAGAGGAAUAAGAAUAAUACCAGAUGUGUCAGAUCUGAAGAUAAAGCGAGAUAAAAUUUCACGGCAAGAUGUGAGCUUCAUGAAGAAGCACGGCCAGCAGUUGUACCGGCACAUCUACUUGGGCUGCAAAGAAGACAACGUGCACAAGAACUUCGAGCUGCUCUACACCACUCUUGCUCUGAUAACCAUCGAGCUAGCCAAUGAAGAGGUGGUCACUGAUCUCAUCCGCUUGGCCAUUGCCUUGCAGGAUAUUGCCAUUCUGAAUGAGGACAACUUGCCAAUGUUCAGCCGCUGCAGCAUCAUGGCGCUGGUCGCCGCGUAUCUCAACUUCCUGAGCCAGAUGAUCGCCGUGCCUGCCUUCUGCCAGCACAUCAGCAAGGUCAUUGAAACUAGAACUGUGGAAAGUCCGUCCUUCUUGCCCGAAACCAUAUUCCGAGACAAGUGCAGCCUCCCCAAAACUUUUGACAAGGAUGACAAGAGCCUGUUUUUCCUGAUGAGCAAGAUUGCAGAAUCGCUGGGUGGCAGUGGCUACAGUGCAGAGAGGCUUUCUGUGCCAUACGUGCCUCAGGCGACAGACGAAGACAGGCUGUCACGGAGGAAGAGUAUUGUGGACACCGUCUCCAUCCAGGUGGACAUUCUGGCGGGCAGCGGAACGGAGGCUAAGGUCAACAACACAGAGGAAAUUACCUUUGAAGCACUGAAGAAGGCGAUAGAUACCACCGGCCUCGAAGAGCAAGAGAAAGAAAAGAGGCGCCUUGUGAUUGAAAAGUUCCAGAAAGCUCCCUUUGAGGAGAUUGCAGCCCAGUGUGAAAGCAAGGCAACCCUUCUUCACGACCGACUGGCCCAGAUAUUGGAGCUCACCAUUCGCCCCCCUCCUAGCCCAUCUGGGACGCUUACCAUCACUGCUGGACACACCCACUACCAAUCUGUUCCCGUCUAUGAGAUGAAGUUUCCGGAUCUUUGUGUGUAUUGAGUGUCUUCUGGCCUCUGCUGAGCAUUAUUUGGCAUUAGAGCAUAUUGUGUAAAGCCCAAGAGGAGUUUUUGAGCUCUCUCGGUUUCGUUUCUUAAAUUUUAACUCAGCUUUCAGAAAUAGCCAUGGAUGUAGCACAGCUGAGCUGGGAUUGUGCCUGAAGCGUAGAGGCCCCUGGGCCACCUCAGUCUGCUUGAGAUUUAUCAUCAGGUUAUUUCACUACUCAUUUUUUCUCUCCUUGGUGUAAAGAAGAAACACGAGUGGUGGAAUGCUGCCUGUUUGGCCAAACUGCUUUCUUUUGGAGCUGGGAGCCUUUUUAGAUCAGAUGCCAGACCCUAGUGGUUUCGCUCUGUCAAAAUGCUGUAGCACUAACAAGCAAACUCUUUGCUGGCUUGUUUACUCUCCACCAUUUUGCAGCCUUAAGCAGCAGUGGGUAGGAAUUUGGCCACAAUACUGAAAGUCAGGCAAGGAGGAGAGUUUGCCUCUUCAGCCCUGGGGUUAAUCUAGACUGAACUUGCUUCCUAGAAGUUCUGUCUCACGGGCUCUGCUUUGGCUAGGAAAUGUGCCUGUCUUUGAGCACCGAACUUGGCAAUCUUCUUGAA